GGCCCCGUCCCUCCGCCGCCCGCCCACAGGGGGCAGCCGCCCGGCCCGGCCGGCCCCGGGAUGGCGGCGGCGGAGGCGGGCGAGGCGGAGCUGGGCCUGCUGGAGUGCCGGGUGUGCUUCGAGCCCUACGGCCCCGGCGGGCAGCGGCGGCCGCGCAACCUGCCCUGCGGCCACGUCCUCUGCCGGGGCUGUGUGGGCGCCCUGGGCGGCCGGGGCCGGCUGGACUGCCCCUUCUGCCGGCGGGCCUGCGGCCCCUCGGACACCAGCGACUGCCUGCCGCUGCUGCAGCUGCUCGAGGUGCUGGGCCCUGCCUGCAGCAUCCUCCCGGCCGCGGGCAGCGCCGCCCCCGGCGCUCCGGGGCUGCGGCUGGCCCUGGGCGGCUGGGGGGCUCUGGUCAACCCCACGGGGGUGGCGGCGUGCCCCAAGUCGGGGCGCUUGGCGGUGUCCCACGACGGCAAGAAGAGGAUCCAUGUCUUCGGGCUGAGUGGCUCCUGCCUGCAGCGCUUUGGGGAGCGUGGGGAGGCGGGCAACGAUAUCAAGUACCCGCUCGACGUGGUCGUCACGGCGGACGGGCACGUGGUGGUCACCGACGGCGGGGACCGCGCGGUGAAGGCCUUCGACUGGGAUGGAAGGGGGGUUUUGGCGGUGCGAGAGGGCUUCUGCCUGCCAUGGGGCUUGGACGCCACCCCAGAGAGCGACGUGAUCCUGACGGACGCGGAGGCAGGAGCUCUGUACCGCCUGACAGCCGACUUCAGAAAGGGCGAGCUGAAGAAGUGCCAGAUGCUCCGGUCCAAGUUAACCAGCCCCAGAGGGGUGGCGGUCUGCCAGACCUCAGGUGCUGUUGUGGUGAUAGAGCACCUGAAGGCCAGCGGGCCCAACAACAGCAGCACCCGGAUAAAGAUAUUCAAUGCAGACAUGGAUCUCGUGGGACAGAUGGAUAGCUUUGGCCUGAACCUCUUUUUCCCCUCCAAAAUUUAUACGACGGCUGUGGCCUUUGACAAAGAGGGUCGCAUCGUAGUAACAGAUGUCCGUAGCCAGGCUGUGAUAUGCUUAGGGAAACCUGGGGAGUUUCCCAUCUUUAACCCUCUAAUUAGCCAUGGACUUUCAUACCCCGUAGGACUGACUUACACGGCAAACAAUUCCCUCGUAGUUUUAGACAGCGGUGAUCACACAGUAAAAAUAUACAGCUCCACCUGAAUGCUGUAUCUGCUUUUGGCCACAAAGCAAGCAAAGUCCUGGUCUUCGCAGGCGUGUAGGGAGGGACUAUUUUCUGGGUUCAACUUGAAGUGAAAUUGCCCUCUUUAAGCAGCAUGCUGUACUUCCCAUAUAACUCACAUCAAAUCGUUUGUCUACCCACGGGAGACAACCUGGCCACCGCAGGCCAGAGUCAACAGUGAAUCAACCAAACGAUUUGGCAUUUUAAAACUAUUCCAUGCCUUCAAAAACAAACAUUCAUACCACUUUUUGCAAAGUAAGAGCAGCGCCUAGAAUGGAGUAAUCCAAGACUUGGACCUGGGAGAGAGAAGGAUGCAUCUUGUGUUUACUGUCAUCAGCAUCUUGUUUUCAUUAUUCUUUGUUAAGCAUGAGAGUGACAGAAUGGUUUCUGUAGGAUUUCUGCAUGAGAAAGGAGACUGUCUGGAUGAGCUGAUGGAGAAAUGGCAGAUUCAGCUCGGGGUCAUUUGAUCUAGCCAAGGUCAAUUGCAAUAGAGGAACUAUCAGCAGUUAGUGAGUUACAUGACAUGAACUGGUGCUCAAAACCUUUUUUUUUUUUUUUUUUUUCCCCUCCAUAUUGGGGAAAUGCACUUCUGGAUGCACUUUUCUUUAUAUUAGUUUAUUACCGCCUUUAUUAGAGUUGUACAGAAGCAGUUGCACGUCCUGUAUAAUGCAUGAGCCUGUGUCUUCAUCUAGAUGUAGUCUUGUGCAUGGGCAGCUUUCCCUAGCAGCCUCUCCAAGUAUUGGUGUUUAGACCACGGGUACUUCUGCAUUUACAAAAUUGAAUCGGAGGUGUUACUAACACAGGUACUCUUGGGAGAUUUCCAAUACUACCGGCAUCUGUCCCGUAAUUAAUUUAAUACUUUGCACCAAUCUUCAAGAUUCAGUUGAAAACUGAAAUGGUGUUGAUGAGUAAUAAUGGGGAAAGGGGAACGUGAGCCUUGCUGUUUCACAGCUUCCAAAGGAGGUUUUGUUGGUAGUGAAUACACAGCAGGUUUAGGUUAUUUUGUAUUAUCCUGAAAGCAGUUUCACUGUGGACAUGAGUUCUGUUGCCUUAUUGCCCCAUGGAAAUUAACUUAUAACUGAAUUACUUUGAGAAAGAUUUAACGCACCCACUAGAAGUCACUGCUGCAUUUUUAUGCAUUUCUGCUCCUAAAGUAAUUAUUUAGGUGGUUCAGCACUAAAAUGAAGUUAGAUAUAAAUGUAAAUGCUUUCUGAGGUAGAAACAAGUAGAUCAAAUUUGAAUAAAACUUUUUUGGUCAUGUAUUUUGUGACUGAAAGCAUGCAUAUUAACUAAAGACACUUGAAAUUCACAGGUAGUCUUUCUAUUGGUUAACUUUUAAUCUGGCUUUUGGUCUGGCUUCCUGGGCAGUUAGUAACUGCAUGUAUUGCUGUACCAGUGAUAUUCCAAAUAUUUCAAACUGAAGCAUUUUUAGUCCUCUAAUUCAGACAAUGUAUUAAUCCGUCUCAUGUUACCAUUUAUAAAAGAGAGCAAACAAAACUAUAAAAUACAGCUAUUUGUAAAGGUUGAUUGAACAGUGACCUGCCAAUAAAGUGUGAUUUCCUUACUCCUA